GGCGCCCGCAGGAGCCAACCCCGAGCCCCUCCAGCAGUUGGUGAACCAGGAGGCUUGAAAUUCGCCACCGCGGACCCCCACGAGAGGAAUUUCAAUGAGAAUGAAAGCCAAUGGAUUGUGGUCUCAGAAAGCUGCCUAGAUGAUGUCUGUUUCCAGUGCUCUAAACACGUGGCAGAGCUGUAAGUAAAUGCUGCACACCGAAUGAUGCAUUGGAUGGCUGCAGACCGGAGGCAAACAAAGUAAUUGUCUCAUUUUCGCGGCGAUUUGCUUAACUGGUGGGACCAUGCCAGAACCGCUAGCAGAAAUGCUCUUGGAUCUCUGGACUCCAUUAAUAAUGUUCUGGAUUACUCUUCCCCCUUGCAUUUACAUGGCUCCAAUGAAUCACUCUCAAGUUGUAAUGAGUGGAUCCCCUUUGGAACUAAACAGGCUGAGUGAAGAACAGCGGAUUUUGAACCGCUCCAAAAGAGGCUGGGUUUGGAAUCAAAUGUUUGUCCUGGAAGAGUUUUCUGGACCUGAACCGAUUCUUGUUGGCCGGCUCCACACAGACCUGGAUCCCGGAAGCAAAAAAAUCAAGUAUAUCCUAUCAGGUGAUGGAGCUGGAACAAUCUUUCAAAUAAAUGAUAUAACUGGAGAUAUCCAUGCUAUAAAGAGACUUGACCGGGAGGAAAAGGCCGAGUACACACUAACCGCUCAGGCUGUGGACUGGGAGACCAACAAACCUCUUGAGCCUCCUUCUGAGUUUAUUAUUAAAGUGCAAGACAUCAACGACAAUGCUCCGGAGUUUCUUAAUGGACCCUAUCAUGCUACUGUACCGGAGAUGUCCAUUUUGGGUACGUCUGUCACUAAUGUCACCGCUACAGAUGCUGAUGACCCAGUUUACGGGAACAGUGCAAAGUUGGUUUAUAGUAUCUUGGAAGGGCAGCCUUAUUUUUCCAUUGAGCCGGAAACAGCUAUUAUAAAAACUGCCCUUCCCAAUAUGGACAGAGAAGCCAAGGAGGAAUACCUGGUUGUUAUUCAAGCCAAAGAUAUGGGUGGACACUCUGGAGGCCUGUCUGGGACCACGACCCUCACAGUGACCCUUAGUGAUGUUAAUGACAAUCCUCCAAAAUUUGCACAGAGUCUGUAUCACUUCUCAGUACCAGAAGAUGUCGUUCUUGGCACUGCAAUAGGAAGAGUCAAGGCCAAUGACCAGGAUAUUGGUGAAAAUGCACAGUCAUCAUAUGACAUCAUUGAUGGAGAUGGAACGACACUCUUUGAAGUCACUUCUGAUGCCCAGGCCCAGGAUGGCAUCAUAAGACUACGAAAGCCUCUGGACUUUGAGACCAAAAAAUCGUAUACGCUGAAGGUAGAGGCAGCCAAUAUCCACACUGACCCACGAUUCAGUAGCAGGGGACCCUUUAAAGAUACAGCGACAGUGAAAAUUGUUGUUGAAGAUGCCGACGAGCCUCCUGUCUUCUCCUCACCGACUUACCUUCUCGAAGUUCACGAAAAUGCUGCUCUGAACUCCGUCAUUGGACAAGUGACUGCUCGGGAUCCUGAUAUCACUGCUAGUCCUAUAAGGUUUUCCAUCGACCGUCACACUGAUCUGGAGAGGCAAUUCAACAUCAAUGCCGAUGAUGGAAAGAUAACGCUGGCAACGCCGCUUGACAGGGAACUGAGUGUGUGGCACAACAUUACAAUCAUUGCAACUGAAAUCAGGAACCAUAACUUAAUAAACACAGUUAGGAAUGCGAUACCUAUAUUAGACAGAGAUAGAGAAAUACUUGAUUUUUCUGAAGAACAUGAGAUUUUUUUAAAAAAGCACUGAAAGAAGGGCCAUGUCAUUCAAACAGUAAGCGCCAUGGACAAAGAUGAUCCCAAAAAUGGACAUUAUUUCUUAUACAGUCUUCUUCCAGAAAUGGCCAACAACCCAAACUUCACCAUCAAGAAAAACGAAGAUAAUUCUCUCAGCAUUUUGGCAAAGCAUAAUGGAUUCAGCCGCCAGAAGCAAGAAGUCUACCUUUUACCAAUCGUAAUCAGUGACAGUGGGAAUCCUCCGCUGAGCAGCACCAGCACCCUGACCAUCCGGGUCUGUGGCUGCAGCACUGACGGUGUUGUCCAGUCCUGUAACGUUGAAGCGUACGUCCUUCCCAUUGGACUCAGUAUGGGCGCCUUAAUUGCCAUAUUAGCGUGCAUCAUUUUGUUGCUAGUCAUUGUGGUGCUGUUUGUAACUCUGAGGAGACACAAAAAUGAGCCAUUAAUCAUCAAAGAUGAUGAAGACGUUAGAGAAAACAUCAUUCGCUAUGACGACGAAGGCGGAGGGGAGGAGGACACAGAGGCUUUUGACAUUGCAACUUUACAAAACCCAGAUGGAAUUAAUGGAUUUUUACCCCGUAAGGAUAUUAAACCAGAUUUGCAGUUUAUGCCAAGGCAAGGGCUUGCUCCAGUUCCAAAUGGUGUUGAUGUCGAUGAAUUUAUAAAUGUGAGGCUGCAUGAGGCAGAUAAUGACCCCACGGCCCCACCAUAUGACUCCAUUCAAAUUUAUGGCUAUGAAGGCCGAGGGUCUGUGGCUGGCUCUCUCAGCUCCCUGGAGUCCACCACAUCAGACUCAGACCAGAAUUUUGACUACCUCAGUGACUGGGGUCCCCGCUUUAAGAGACUGGGCGAACUCUACUCUGUUGGUGAAAGUGACAAAGAAACUUGACAGUGGAUCCUAACUAAGUCAUUGGA